CUCCAUCUCAUGCCUACUUUCCCUUAUUCGUCCUAAACUUCCUGCUUGCUGUGUUGACGUGCGGCCCGGUCAAAGCAUGCCCACUAACGGAAUUAACCGGGCUCUGAAGCUGCAGUUUGGCCUAAUUAACUAUGAAAGCCGUUACCUGACAGCUGAGGCCUUCGGCUUCAAAGUGAACGCUUCGGGCGUCAGCCUGAAGAAGAAACAAAUCUGGACCUUGGAACAGGACGAACAAGAUGGUCAGGUCGUCUUUCUCCGUAGUCACUUGGGACGUUAUCUUGCUUCUGACAAAGAUGGGAAGAUCACAUGUGGGGCAGAGAAGCCUGACCCCGAUUGUCGUUUCCUUAUAGUGCCCCAGUCCGACGGUCGCUGGGCGCUGCAGUCCGAACCGUACCAGCGUUACUUCGGAGGCUCUGCUGACUAUCUGUCUUGCUUUGCUCAAACCACUGGCGAGCAGGAGCUGUGGGCUGUUCAUCUGGCUUUACACCCACAGGCCAGCCUCCUCAGUGUGGCACGCAAACGCUAUGCCCACCUGUCUGCCUCCGAUGGAGAGAUCUCAGUGGACAGCAACAUCCCCUGGGGGGUGGACUCUCUGGUCACCUUGGUGUACCAGGAUGGGAAGUACAGCCUGAAGACCUGCGACAGCCGGUUCCUCAGCAACGACGGCAAACUGGUGAAGGAGAGCAACAGCACCACCAGCUUCACACUGGAGCUAAAAUCUGGUAAACUGGCCUUCAAGGACUGUGAUGGGAAAUAUCUGACCCCAGUGGGCCCCACAGGAACGCUGCGCUCCGGUCGAUGCUCCAAGCCGGGAAAAGAUGAGCUUUUUGAUCUGGAGGAGAGUCACCCACAAGUAGUUUUCCAAGCUGCUAAUAAAAGAUUUGUUUCUGUCAAACAAGGUGUGAGCAUCUCGGCCAAUCAGGAUGUGGAGACAGACAUGGAGACUUUCCAGAUGGAGAUAGAUAAGGAGAGCAAAAAGUCAAUGUUCAGGACCAAUGGAGGAUCCUACUGGACUUUAGUGACACACGGGGAGAUCCAGUCCACAGCCACAGAUGUAGAGGUCAACACCAUGUUUGACAUUGAGUGGCGAGGACACAGGGUAGCACUCAAGGCAAGUAAUGGGAAAUAUGUGUGCACAAAGAAAAAUGGGCAGCUCUCAGCAGUCAGCGACGCAGUGGGUAAGUGCUUUUAGGCGACUCGCUUGAGAUUCAAAACAGUGUUUGUCUGAAACUGUUGCUGCAAUCACUUUUGUAUCCGCCCGUACGUGCACAGUGAGCAUCUAUCAAUCAUUCCAGGUGAUGACGAAUUAUUCCUGAUGAAACUCAUUAACCGCCCGAUGCUGAUCCUCCGUGGGGAGAACGGCUUUGUGUGUCACCACAAGAACGCCAACACUCUGGAUGUCAAUCGAUCAGUCUAUGACAUCUUCACAUUGAUCUUCAACAACGGAGCCUACAACAUAAAAAGCGUGAAUGGAAAGUUUUGGUACGUCUCAAGCAGUGGCCUUGCGAACUCAGACGGGGAAAAGUCAGAGGACUUUUUUCUAGAGUUUCCAGAACAUGGACGCAUCGCCAUCAAGGGCUCCAAUGGCAAGUAUCUUCGUGGCGACCAGGGAGGCACGCUUAUGUGUGAUGGUGCGUCUCUUGAUGCAUCGUGCCUCUGGGAGUACUGAUGCGUUCUCCCCAGGUUCUCAAGAAGAGCGCAACAUCAAGGUGCAAGACCUACUUUUAUCCGAUCUAAUGAAGAGGACUGACGGCAUGACUUGCCUGUUUUUAUACUAGA